CAUGUUGACCCCGAAACACACAAACAGAAAUAAAAACAUAAAGUGGUUAGAGAUUCAAGUCAAAGUUCACAAACAACCCAUAGUAUAUUAAACCACUCCACCAUGAACAUUUCUCCAUAGAAAGCCGCAUUCCAUUCCCAAUGAUGAGUCCUCACAUUUUCAACACCUCUUUCCUCCUCGCAGUCCUCUUGCUUUCUAUGACCUCUUUAUCCACCGCCGGCGUAGGUCGGAAUGUUAAGGUGCAACAGGAGAAGGAUAGGAUCAUCAAGCUGCCAGGACAGCCUCCAAAUGUGAGCUUCUCUCAGUACUCUGGCUACAUCACUGUGGAUGCAAAGGCAGGCCGGGCCCUCUUUUACUGGUUGAUUCAGGUCCCGGAAAAGAGCCGGCCCACAUCAAAGCCACUGGUCUUGUGGCUCAAUGGUGGGCCUGGCUGUUCAUCAAUCGCUUAUGGGGCCUCUGAGGAGGUUGGACCCUUCCGUGUUCAAUCAGACGGCAAAACACUUUCCCUGAAUCCCUACGCUUGGAAUAAAGAGGCAAAUUUGUUAUUUCUUGAUUCGCCGGCGGGGGUCGGAUUUUCGUAUUCGAAUACGUCGGCGGGUUUGUACACCGUCGGCGACAAGAGGACGGGUGGAGAAGCUUACACAUUUUUGAUCAAAUGGUUGGAGAGGUUCCCUCAGUACAAGCACAGGCCUUUCUUUAUCGCCGGAGAAAGCUACGCUGGGCAUUACAUUCCAGAAUUGACUCGAAUUAUAGUACGCCGGAACAAGGGUGUGAAGAAACCCGUUCUUAAUUUCAAAGGGUUUUUGCUUAUGCUCAUGGGAUUUAUAUCCCUUCUCCUAACAGUUCUACAGGGUCCCAUAUCUGAUACUUGCAUACCUGCAAGUAUGGCAGCAACUUGGCAUCCCUGUAGUAAGGAGGAUGAAGAGAAAAUAUAUAAAUCUUCUGAUUCUGAAAGUUAUGGUAGAAAACUGCUUGAAUUCUCUGAUUUCAGCUCUGACAUUUUUCGCCGCAGUUUAGCAGGAGCAACAGAGGACAAAUGUUCUGCAAAGGGCAAAGUUGCUUUUAUGUCUGCUUCUGCUAUCCAUGAGCUCCAUAUUUUCAUAUUUGUUUUGGCUGUUGUCCACAUCCUUUAUUGCAUCACCACCUAUGCUUUGGGAAAAACCAAGAUGAGGAGAUGGAAGGUUUGGGAGAAUGAAACAAAGACAAUUGAAUACCAAUACUACAAUGAUCCUGAGAGGUUUAGGUUUGCAAGGGACACAUCUUUUGGACGCAGACAUUUGAAUUUCUGGAGCAAGUCUUCAUUUUCCCUUUGGAUUGUGUGUUUCUUCAGACAAUUCUUUGGGUCAUUUAACAAGGUUGAUUACCUGACAUUGAGACAUGGAUUUAUCACGGCACAUCUGGCACCCGGAAGUCAAACAAGAUUCGAUUUUCAGAAAUACAUCGACAGAUCACUAGAAGAGGAUUUUAAAGUGGUUGUGGGAAUUAGUCCUAUUAUAUGGUUCGUUGCUGUGUUGUUCCUUCUGUCGAAUACAAAUGGAGGGUAUGCUCAUUAUUGGCUACCAUUUAUCCCCCUAAUUAUAAUCCUAUUGGUUGGAACCAAGCUGCAAGUGAUCAUAACAAAAAUGGGUCUGAGGAUUCAAGACAGAGGAGAUGUGGUCAAGGGUGCACCUUUAGUCCAGCCAGAUGAUGACCUCUUCUGGUUCGGACGCCCCCGCUUUCUUCUUUUCCUCAUUCACUUGGUUCUCUUCCAGAAUGCAUUUCAGCUGGCCUUUUUCAUCUGGAGCACGUAUGAAUUUACCAUAAAGUCUUGCUUCCACAAGAGUACAGCUGCUAUCAUCCUCAGAAUCUCAAUAGGGGUCAUCAUACAAGUUCUUUGCAGCUACGUAACCCUUCCUCUCUACGCCCUGGUGACUCAGAUGGGAUCAACAAUGAGGCCAACAAUCUUCCAUGAGAGAGUAGCAGCUGCAGUCCAGAGCUGGCACCACGAGGCCAAGAAACACACCAAACACGGCCACCGUUCUGCGUCUACAACGCCAUUUUCGAGCAGGCCAGCAACACCAACUCACGGUAUGUCCCCAGUUCAUCUCCUCUAGCGGAACAACCCUCGGAGCACCGAGAGCUACCAUAAUUCUCCAAGUAACCCUAACUUUAACGAUGAGAACUGGGAUCCUGAAUCAUUACAUUUCCAUCACGACAAUGGAAUCAGUGAGUCCUUGCAUAACAAGGAAUUAGAGAUGACGGAUGCACAGAGGACGGUUCUUGAGGCUAGCUCCUCAGAAACAUCUCCAGAGCCUAACCCAACACAAACACGACAUGAAAUGGAGAGGAGUCAAUCUGACUUCUCAUUUGUGAGAUCAUCAGAUUGAAGGGUGUAUGUACUGUAGAGGUUCAAUAUCUUCUUGUGGGUGGCAUGGAUUGGUUCUUGUUUUUUCUUUUUUCUUUUUUUGAUUCUUUUCACUUUCAGCACUUUGUAUUAUUAUUGCCUUGCCUUUGCUCAUACGGUAUAUAUUUUAAUUUUAAAAUAAUUUUUUUAUUUGCUU